CCCAGCCACGCCGUGGGAGGUCCAGCAAUCCCCAGAAAGUGAAAGACUGAGCAAGAGUGUCCGGGCACUCCCCGCCCCCACCCCACAAGCAACAGAAACCACUUCCUCUUUUCAGUGUAUUUAAGGCUCAGCAACGCCGGCUAUAGGGAGAAGUGGCCCCUGCCACUGCCCAGCCAUGGGGGACACUUUCAUCCGCCACAUCGCCCUCCUGGGCUUCGAGAAGCGCUUCAUUCCCAGCCAACACUAUGUGUACAUGUUCCUGGUUAAGUGGCAAGACCUGUCGGAGAAGGUGGUCUACAGGAAAUUCACCGAGAUCUACGAGUUCCAUAAAAUGCUGAAGGAGAUGUUCCCCAUCGAGGCUGGCGAGAUCCACAGGGAAAACAGGGUCAUCCCACACCUCCCGGCACCCAAAUGGUUUGAUGGGCAGCGUGCUGCCGAGAGCCGCCAGGGCACGCUCACAGAGUACUUCAACGCCCUCAUGGGACUGCCCGUGAAGAUCUCCCGCUGCCCACACCUGCUGGACUUCUUCAAAGUGCGGCCUGAUGACCUGAAGCUGCCCACGGACAGCCAGGUGAAGAAGCCAGAGACGUACCUGAUGCCCAAAGAUGCCAAGAGUAACGUAGCUGACAUCACAGGCCCUAUCAUCCUUCAAACCUACCGCGCCAUCGCUGACUAUGAGAAGAGUUCCCGCACGGAGAUGACGGUGGCCACUGGAGACGUGGUGGACGUGGUGGAGAAAAGCCAGAGCGGCUGGUGGUUUUGCCAGAUGAAGACAAAGAGAGGCUGGGUCCCCGCAUCCUACCUGGAGCCCCUUGACAGUCCCGAUGAGGCAGAGGACCCGGAUCCCAACUACGCAGGUGAACCCUAUGUAGCCAUCAAAGCCUACACUGCUGUGGAAGAGGAUGAAAUGUCCCUGGCCGAGGGUGAAGCCAUCGAGGUCAUUCAUAAGCUCCUGGAUGGCUGGUGGGUGGUCAGGAAAGGGGAUGUCACCGGCUACUUCCCAUCCAUAUAUCUGCAGAAGGCUGGGGAGGAGAUGACCCAGGCCCAGAGGCAGAUCCGAGGCCGUGGGGCACCGCCGCGCAGGUCGACCAUCCGCAACGCGCAGAGUAUCCACCAGCGUUCUCGGAAGCGCCUCAGCCAGGACACUUAUCGCCGCAACAGCGUCCGAUUCCAGCAGCAGCGCCGCCGCCCCGCACGACCCGGGCCGCAGAGCGCAGAAGGCGCAAAGAACAAUAUGCCGUCCCAGCACACCAAGGCGCAGCCCGCCGUGCCCCCGCGUCCUAGCGCCGACCUCAUCCUGCACCGCUGCACAGAGAGCACCAAGCGGAAGCUGGCAUCUGCUGUGUGAGGGCGUGUGGCGCCCAGAAGGCGUCCCAUCCCUAUCCCUGUAUAUACUUGUAUAUAGCCUAUGGUCAGAGGUUCCUCCCUUGCCAUAAUAAAUGUUUGGAGUGGACGGAGACUUUGCAGCGAAGGACAGGGCUGGGCUUCGCUCCAAGGAGGUUGAUAAGAUGGGAGGGGAGAGCGAGCGCUGCUGGGGGAGUUUGCAGGUACAGAGAAAGAUCGGGUUGCAUGUUGCUUUAGUCUUGGCCAAGAGCAAGUUUGCAGAAGGCCAAGUGCCUUACUAUGGCCCGAGACAGCAGUUUUCAACCUGUAGGUCAGGACCUUUACACGGGGUCACCUAAGGCCGUGGAAAAAAACAGAUUUGUAUAUUAUGAUUCAUAACAGUAGCAAAAUUAUAGUUGUGAAGUAGCAAUGAAAAUAAU